AUGAACCCCGAAGCAGCACUUGCGUUGGUGCAGCGCGAACGAGACAUUUUCGAGACGGCGAAUGAACGGAAGGGGCAACCACGUCCAUCAAACCUGCCGACCCGCACGGAGCUCCUGCAAUCAUUCCAAGCGGCUGGAAAAGCCAACGAGCAGGACGGCCUGCAGGAACCAUAUCGAAUCAUCGUCGGCCACAUCUAUCCGCCGUCCACCAGGCCGCUCGCGGAACUCGAAGACAUCGCCAUCGGCGACCUGUGUUUGGAGACUGUGCACCAUGGCAGACGACUCGUGUUACGCACUAUUGGCCACCCCAAGAUUGAGGACGGGGUAAUCAACGUUGUCGAGGACGCCCACGGAAAUGUCGAUCGUUUGGUGGUAUAUCAUUGCGGCCAAGACAUUCUGCGGAAAGAUGGACUGGUGGCAGUGAAGGACCCGUACUACAAGAUCGCCGUUGAUGGUGGCUGUGUGAUUCGUGUUGAUCACCCGGGUAACAUCAUCGUCCUACAUGAAGGCCACGAGAUCGUGCCAAAGACCCUACGAGAGGCAGAGCUCGAUUCCUUGUCUGUCGAUGGCGCAAACAUGUAUAAGGAGAGAGGCAACAAAUCAUACCAAAAGACAGAUUACAGCCAGGCAGUUCGAUUCUACAGCAGAGGGCUUGAGAUAUGUGACGCCGCGGCCACUGUCAAGUACGACCUCCGUCGCAACCGCGCCAUGGCCAACAUGUAUCUUGGGCGGCACGAGGCAGCGCUGGAGGACGCCAAAGCAGCUGUGAUUUCCACCAAAGAUCUCAACGAGAAGUCGAAGAAGUUGAAUGGAAAGGCUUACUACCGAGCCGGUUGUGCAGCAUACCAGCUCGAGCGAUUCGCAUCAGCUGCGUCCUUCUUCGAAAACGUCCUGGAACUCGAUCCCAAGGACACAGAAGCGCAAUCUCAGCUCCGCCGUACGAAGGCUCGUCUCGACGAACAGGCCAGUGGGCAGUACAAUCUCGAGCUCAUAACGAAAAAGCUGCGCAAGGAUCCCAAGCUGCGAAUUCUGGACCACGCAAGUUUCACUUCCAAAGUCGAGAUCAAAGAUGCGAGUGAGAAAGGCCGCGGACUUUUCGCGACUUGUGAUUUGGAAGCGGGAGAACUGGUCAUGUGUGAAAAGGCGUUCUGCGUGGCUGGCUUAGAGGAGAAAGCUGAGGAGAGCAGGGUCAUCAACCUACUGGACAGCACGAUGUCAAUUGGCACGCAUGCAUUGCGACUCGUCAAGGUUCUACAGAAACUGCUGUACAGUCCCAAGCAAGCAGCUCGUUUCCUUGAGCUAUGCGAUGGUGACUACCAACCAAGGCCGUCCCCCGCUCUUGUCGACGGCGUGGUCCCCGUCGAUACCUUUCAGGUGAUCAGCGUAUUGAAGGCAAAUGGCUUCUCCUGUCCCUCAUCGGCAUCUUCUAUCACAAUGGACGAAGAGGAUGAGGGCAGCAAAUGCACAGGAGUUUGGCUCAUUAGUUCCGCCAUCAACCACGACUGCAUCGGAAACGUCAGCCGCACUUUUCUCGGCGACAUGCUCUUGCUGCGAGCCAACAGACGCAUCUCUGCUGGCGAAGAACUCACUAUGCGAUACAUCAAUCCCGAGAACACAAUUGAGCAGUUCCAUGAGCAGCUGAGAAGAAGCUGGAACUUUUCCUGCACAUGUCGACUUUGCACAGCCGAGGUCAACACGCCGCCGUAUCAACGAAGCAUACGCGCUUCGCUCCUUGAGCAAGUGAUUGAGCUCCAGAAUGAGAAUCUCGUUCUGGAAUGGAGCCCUCCAUCUAUGGAAAUCAUCAACCAGGUCGAGAAACUUUGCAAGGGAAUUGAGCGCACAUACAACGACUCUCUCUUCAAAGCUUUGCCUAGAAGUAUGCUGCACGUGGUCCAUCUUUGGCUGUGUAUGGCGUACGCUACUCAGAGCAUGGGUGAUGCAAUGCUCGACGCCGCUAGGCUCGUACUUCGAGAUUUGGGUUUUGGCAUCUCUGAACACAAUGGCACCCUGUCCGUUGACAAGUCAAACGCUAGACUCGAUGCUUCGGGUAUACAUGCAGCCAUGUAUGCCGCACAGAUCGAGGAAGCGAAAGGCCGGGGUGGUAUUGCGCGUCAAUACGAGGAGCUCGCAAAGGAGCUGUACCUGCUCUUCGCAGGAUCGAUGUUCGGCUUCGCGGGGCUUUUCCCAUCGGUGUUCUAG